UCAGCAUGUACAGACUGUGUACAUGAACAAACUGAAAUAUGAGAUGUUUUUGUAAUGCCACAAAGUAGGUCACAUUUGUAUAAAUUACUAUUCAUUCACUAACUGUUCACAGCUGCUGUCCUGCUUCUUGUUAAAUCUUUUUCUCCCUCUGUGAGUCUCCCAUUGACUCAAACAUACUUUUAUCAUGAAUCCACUUCCAUUGAUAAAUUCUGAACCCAUUAGCUUCUUUGUUGAGUGCAGUGUUUCAUAAAUGUGUGAGGAGGCACUAUAAAAUACUGGGUCAGGGUGUCCUCCCUGAUUUGAAUGUCAUCAUGGGAUUUGGAAGGAGUGGAAAUUAUACCUAGAGGCCAUACCAGACCAUAUUGACUACAGUGUGUUGUAUUGCCUUUGAGCUCAACUUUUAAUUUGUAAAAACUACAUAGUUUCACUUAAAAGGUUCAUUUUCAGGCUGAAGUCUGGUGCUAUUUACUGAUAUGAUUUUGUCCCAUUACAAAGUUUUUUUCCCACCUGAUUAAAUAGUGUAUCAUUUAAAACAAAAUAAAACAAAUAUAUGUGAGUGAGCUUAACAGAUUUAAGCCAAUUGCUUUACAAAUGUUAAUGAAACUAACUUGUAUUUUGUAGUAAUAAGACUGUAAAAUUAAAUGUAGGUGUUUUUUGUGUCUUUAAUAUAUCCUCACAGCACCUGUCAAGGACAAAGUAACUCAAUCACUAUGAAACUUUUCAGUGCAGCGACAGUGUCUCCAUAUGUCCCUGUUUACACUCACCUGCACUCUAUAAGCUGGAGGUAUAACUGCUUUAUUUCUUUGUGAGCACACUCAAGGUUUUCUAGCUCCAUCUGAAUUCAACUGAAAUGGAUGCAUUUAAUCCACCUGCUUCAUUUAACCAGACCCAGUUGUUGAAAAUACAUUACAUAAGAAAUGUUUAAAAGCUCAUCAACUAUUUAAUGGAUUAAAUGGAGGAAAGUUCUUUCUUGACCUCAGAAAGUCCAUGUAGUAGCUGUUUGAUCAGACGAUGUGAGUUUGCUUCAUUGUCACAGAAUUGUAGGUUUUAAAGUCAGUGCACUUUUCUUUUUGCCCAUGUGGGCAUACAAGUAAGAGUAAAAUUCCAUAACAACUGCUGAAUGGCCUUUGUGGUAAGAUUGUUUUGUCAAAAGCUUCUGCUCAACGUUUUGCUGAUAAAAUCAAUACAAUUUUAAAUUCUAGGACAACAGCUGCUGACUAAUAAUGACAGCUAUAUAUGAAAACUUCUAAAUGAACUUUGAGGUGAAACUGUUUUGUCAGAUAUAUCCAUGUGUUUGUGGGAUUGUUUUUAUCAUCCAACCAUAAACACACGCUACUACAGAGGGUUUCUACGUCACCUUGCCCCCCCAAAAAAGUCUUUGGGAAAUGUCCUCACCACCUUGACUUUCGAAGGACACUACAGCAGUGAUGUCAGGCACUAUAUUUCACCUGACUGACAUUUAUGUUAAUUAAAGUGGACAGAUGGCCACAUUGAGGUGAUGAUGGGCUCAUGAAGGACAGAGCUGUAAGGUUGAAGAAGUUUACAAUGUCCUGUUUGACUGAUGGGUGGGUCGUCCUCUUGGGGGUGUUCCAACAGGCUCACAGAGAAUCUGCAAGAUCCUGAUCUUCAUAUGGAUGAAACAAAAAGGUUUAUUGCAAGGCCAUAGUUUUCUUCCAGUGUUGCCAAAAUCAGCAUGCAUGAUAUGAAAAAAGCUGCAGGCGGGCAUUCUAAUGCAAUAUUUAUAUGAUAAGAUUAAUUUUCAUAUUUGCAUCCCUGUCUCUGAACACAAACAAGUUAAUGUAUUCAAAUGAGACAUUUUACAAACUGGUGUUUUAUAUUCACUGCAAUGUCAUACAGGCUUAGAAUACUUUAAGCCCUCCAGUUCAGUUCACACAAACUGAGUCAUGGCAAAGUUGAUCCACUAGGGGCCAAAAAUAAGCUGUAGUCACAGUUAGACCUCCUUUCUACCACCAAAUGUCGGCAUAUGCGACCUGUCGCUUGUAGUGGCCGAAUCUACUAUACAGACUUCACACAUCAGCUGAAUUAUCAUAAUCACAAUCUGAAUCUUUAGUGGCCAUAGGUGCGUUGACACAUACAAACUCUUGAUUUAAAAAUCAGAGAGCAGACAAUAUGCACAAUAUUAGGCGUACAAUAAACCAACAACAAGGAUAAACAAAGUUUAGCAAACUUAAAUAUAUAGCUGCUAUGUACAGGAAAGUAUUAAAAUAGAUAAGUAUAAGAAAAAUUUUAAUAACAAGCAUAAAGUGGCUAAACUUGGCGCAUGGUUUAUACAGGGUCAUAAUCUGGUUGUUACCAUGUGGUCGACAGUGCAAUGAUGCAUGGAAUAGCAAAGAAUGCUAGAAUAGAUAUUGUAUAUAUUUGGAUUGCACCUUAAUGGUUCCUUACUUGUAUCUGUCUUUUGUAUAUUUGCAUGCUUUAUUUGCACCCUUUCCACUUUUUGUAUUGCAACUGCUGCACCACAAUUUCCCUUGGGAUAAAUGAAGUUUCAUCUCAUCUUGUGAGUAUUGCUAUAAACAGAAGUGGUAUAUGCAUUCAUUUGUGCAUAUAAAGUGUAUGUACAGUAUAUUAUUAUUUCACCUUGUGCUCCAGGAACCAUCCAGUGCCUCUUGUCAAGCACUUACAAGUAAUAGGCUACUUAGUGCUUGUAACCUUUUUUUCAUAUUAUCUUUAUUCUAAAAGCUAUAACUAAUAUGACUGUAUGAUUCUAUGUAAAACCCUUUCCCCCUUUUAAAAUCUACUCCAAAUUUUAGGAAAUCAUCAAAUCUCAAUUAUUUUCCAUAAUUUUUUUCAUUUAUGUUCAUCUGUCUAUUUGUUUUGUUUAAGAAAUUACCAACAAUUUAGCCUGUAAAAGGUCAGAAAAUAGUGAAAAUACCCAUAAUUUGUUCAAGAUAAUGUCAUCAAUUGCUUGUUAUGUCCAAAACCCACAUUAUUGAUUAACAAUGUUAAUGAUAGUCAACAUGUUGACAUGUAAUUAUCUGUUAAUCAAUAAAUUAACUGAUUAUGUGCACUACACACUGUUUUGGAGAACGAAAUUUCACUGUUGUUGACCAAUAUCACCUAUUUUUUUGUGUGUGUAUUAAAAAUUAUUGGCUCAAGAAAACAUGACCCAGAGGUUGAAUUAAUUAAUAUUUGUUAAAUUCCAUAAAUCGAUCUUGAGUAAAAAUGCAAUAAGUGCUUAGGCUAUCAAUUCCGAGUAAGACAUGUUGUAUGCAGUGCACUAUUAUUUGAUUCCUCUAUAAAUUAUAACUUGUUCCACUGUUGGCUUUUUUAUCAACCCGCUGAUCACAAACAUGAUUUCGCUACGUUCAAGGUCUUUUUUAAAUGAGUCUCCCAGGCUCCUCCCACCUCCUGGUAUCCUAGCAGCGGAGCUCUGAACCCUCUCCCGAUUGGCCCAUUUUCAAGGUCCGCCAUAUUCAAACUUCCGCCGUGGUGUGUGUUCUGUUGUCAUCGAUCUCCUGCUUUCUUUGUACACAUUAGGCCAGUUUUCAUACGUCCGGACUUUGUCUUUUGUCCACUUAGCCGUAAUUACGUUUCGUCAUAAUUGAGAUCUAAACAAAAUAUCCUGCAAAAUGGAAGAAAAUGAAGAAGUUUGUGGACGGACGUUGGGAAACAAAAAGCAGAAACUUCGCAGGAUGUCAUCGAGGACUUCCACCACCAGUGUCAUCAGCGCUGCGGAGCCUUCUCCACAAACACUCCGGAGAAACAACUCCAAGAAACCCCCUCUGCAAAGAGGCAGCUCCUUCACCUUUCUCACUCCUGGGACUCCAUGGGACUUCAGUCUAAAGAGAAAACGCAAAGAGAAGGAGGAUGACACGGUCAGUCUGUCCAGUUUCGACCUCAAGGAACCGAGUAACAAGCGUGUCCGUCCUCUGGCCAAAGUUUCAUCCCUCGUCAACUUGAUAUCUCCAUCAAAGAAUGGAGCAGUGCGGCGCUUUGGCCAGACCAUACAGUCAAUGUCAUUACGUGCUGACAGCAAGUCACCAGGGAUGUCGCUCAGAGCCAGCAAGGCAGCGGGUCCCACCCCCACGAAACGCAGAAACAGCACGCUGUGGUCAGAGACGCUGGACGUCCAUCAGAAGAGCACGUUCUCCACAAAAGAGAUCAAGAGACAAGAGGCAAUUUAUGAGCUUUACAGGGGAGAGCAAGAUCUCAUAGAGGAUCUCCAACUUGCACGAAAGGCAUACCAUGAUCCAAUGCUAAAACUCUCCAUCAUGACAGAGGAGGAACUAGCUCACAUAUUUGGGGACCUGGAUGCAUACAUCCCCUUGCAUGAGGACUUACUGAUGAAACUGACGGAGGGAACUGGCCCUGAUGGAACAGUAGCUCAGAUUGGACAGAUAGUGAUAGACUGGCUGCCAGGUCUGAACGCCUACAAAGGCUACUGCAGCAACCAGCUUGCAGCCAAAGCCCUGCUGGACCAGAAAAAGCAGGACAGGCGGGUCCAUGACUUCCUGCAGCGUUGUCUGGAGUCGCCCUUCAGCAGGAAGCUGGACCUCUGGAGCUUCCUAGACAUCCCACGAUCGCGCCUGGUGAAAUACCCGCUGCUGCUGCGAGAGAUCCUAAGACACACUCCUCCUGAUCACCCCGACAUAGCCAGUCUGGAGAGAGCUAUCACUAUAAUCCAGGAGAUUCUGUCUGAUAUCAACAUGAGAAAAGGAGAGUCUGAGUGCCAAUAUUACAUAGAAAAGCUGGAGUAUCUGGAUGAGAAGCAGCGGGAUCCUCUUAUAGAUAACUGCAAGACACUACUUAUUCACGGCGAGCUGCGGAACAAGAGUGGCUCGCAGUUGUACGUGUUCCUCUUCUCUGAGCUCCUGGUUCUGACCCGACCGGUGACCCGCAAUGACAGGAGCUGUUUCCAGGUCUAUCGACAGCCCAUCCCAGUUCGGGACUUGGCUCUCGAGGACCUGCAGGAUGGAGAGAUCCGCAUGGGGGGGUCCUUCAGAGGGGCUUUCACUAAUGGAGAAAAAGCUAAGAACGUUUUCCGUGUGAGCUCUAUGGAUCCAUCCCAUGGUCAGUCCCACACCCUGCAUGUCAACGAUGUCUACCACAAGCAGCAGUGGCUCAACUGUCUCCGCACUGCAAUGGCCCAACAACAGGGGGCUCCACCCAGAGCUCAGCAGGAAGAAGCUGUCAGAGCCAAGCAUCGCUCCCCCACUAUCUCAGCCACCAUCUCUGAUGAGGAGUCAGACGAGAACUGUCCGCCUGUCUCUGGCCCUAAACUCAGGCCUCAGACGCUGUCCAAAACCAGACUGGACCAGAAGUUACGAGGCUCACUAAAGAGGAAGGAGACUGGAGUGUAGACAUUUGUCCCGGCACGGACAGACACAUGAAUGCAACAUGAUUCCUGUUUCAUCACGUGUCUGUCAUAGAAUUUUCAUGCAACCGUUGUUUUCAUGCUUUUACUUUGUCCUUGUGGCUGCACUGAAAAAGUCUCUCCAAUCAUUUCCGUCCAGAUGUAUUUUCAAAUUUUAGUCUUUAAAAAGUGUAAUUAGUUUACAAAAAAAAAGUGAUGUGUCUGAAAUGUAUGUUUACACCCACUAAAUGUGUGUGGAAUUAGGGUUUUUGUGUCUACCUACAACUUUAUACCACUUAUAGCAAAACUUUUAGUUUAACUUCAUUUCAGUGUUGACACUUUUAAGCUUUCUGUGUUUUGUUUUUUUCCGCAGUCAAAUCUACAUAUAAGUGUGUGCAGUUUUAUAUGUUAUCUGUGCUAAGAUAAGGGAUCAAGAAAAUGUGACGGCCUAAGCUCUCUGUGCAGGAAACCGUUGGGUGAGGGGAGCCUAAACACGUUAAAGAUCAGACAAAAGAUAACGAGUCGAACACGAGUGACAACACUGACCAUGAAUACGAGAUAAAAACUUAUCUUGGGACAAAAAAAAUCCAAUGAAUCCAGCUGUAUUCAGUGAAAUGUUGUUAAAUGGAAGAAAGAUAAAACAUUUAGUUUGUACUUUUAAAA